AUGUCUCGUAAGUGUCAUGAGUUGUCUGCUUGGGUGAUAUUUGCUGAUCCUUUACAAGUUCCCCAAAGCGUCCGCGCGCAGUACAUCGCUGUUAUAGAUUCUAUCCUCAAUGAAGCUGAUUUGACCACUAUCACGAGAAAGAGCAUCCGACAGGGAAUACAAGAUCGGGUUGAUUACGAUAUUACUCCGCAUAAGGCUGCUAUAAAAGUCUUGAUCGAUGAGAGGUUCGACAUCAUCAACGCCCGGAAGAAUGGCGAGUCUCCAGUGGUGCCCUCGGUUGAGCAGGCCGACCCCAUGCCCACAGCAAACGGUGUUCACAAGCCGCCCGCGGACUCCCCGUCGACUUCACCUACGAAAAGGGGCACUAGCGACGCUGCCUCGGACGUCAUAGACAGACCGCCCGCAAAGAAGAAGCGUAAAGCAAGUCUUGACGCCGACGCGGCAUUUGCUGCUCGUCUUCAGGCGGAGGAAGACAAACUGGCUCGGCCUACACGAGGAGGCACCAGCAGAAAGGCUGCACCUGUGAAGAAAAAGAAGAAGAGACCGAAGAAGGAACCUGGGACAGGGUCUGAUGAUUCUGACCUCGACGAGGAGGGGCGUAAAGCCCAGAAACCGAAGCGCGAGACGGGAUUCCAUAAACCACUCAACCUAUCUCCGGCAUUGUCCAAUUUCUUCGGCGAAACACAGCUCUCACGCCCCGAGACCACAAAGAGAAUGUGGGCUUAUAUCAAAGAAAACGACCUGCAGGACCCGAGUGACAAACGAUACAUCGUUUGUGAUUCGAGAAUGCGAGAAAUCUUUCGACAAGACAAGGUGCACAUGUUCACCAUGACCAAAUUGAUCUCGCAACAAAUGUACAACCCUGAGGACUGA